AUGCGAUCCCUUGCCAGCGACCAAUUAAGCAAGUCAUUUCGUCGCGACGCUCUUGCACAAGUUGACAAAUUUCAAAAUGAAAUUGAUAAAAACGUACAAGAAUUUAAUAAAGAUGAAUAUGUUACUUUCAUAUCCAAACUAAAAAUAUUUAUGGAUGCCACGGACGUUAGAUUAAACACUUAUAAAACAGAAAUAAAUAGUUUAAAACAUCAACAACAACUAUUACAAAAAGACUUAGAAUAUUCACAAUCAAUCAUUGAUCUUUAUAAAUCACAAACAACUGCAACUCAAA